CCGUGACUGAGUUGAGAGACACCAGAGCUGGUCUCACCAUGGUGUCUGAGGAUGACGGCACCAGUCCCCGCAAAAGGCGGAGGAUUGGCCCUCCCAAAGCUGCCCCUUAUAUGUUGCGCCCAUUGUUCGACCAGGUACCGCUGACGGCCGACGAUCCCAAUGACGAUGUGUACAUUACCUGCGUCGAGUACUGGAAUGAUAAUUUGUAUAUCGGAACCUCCGCCGCCGAGAUCUUACAUUUUGUCUGCCUUCCUCCGGAUCCCUCGGACACUUCAAACGAAUCAUCCUUCAUCCUAGCCUCGAGACUCCCGAUCCCAUUCUCUCAGAACUCGUCAGCCACGUCAAAUCCACCGGGAGUUCAACAGAUCGUCCUCCUUCCCACUGCGAACAAAGCGUGUGUGCUCUGCAAUGGAACCGUCAGCUUCUACAUGCUACCGGAGCUCAGCCCGGCUUUUGGAAACACCAAGGUCCACAAUUGCCACUGGAUCGGGGGGCUUGAUCUCAACGCGGAUCCAGAGGAUGGCGAAGACCCGGUGAUCAUGAUCGGUGCCCAGAAUAAAAUCAUGCUGGUGAGGAUUGGCGACGGGGCUCGCCUCAGAAGGAAUAUCGAGUUUCCGGGCUGCUUGGUGGCGUCACGCAGAGGUAUCAUCGCCUGUGCCGCAGACGGACAUACAUACUCGCUACUCGACGUGGAACACCAGCAGAAAAUUCCUCUUUUUCCCAUUUCCUUCUUGAAUGAAGCCCUCGGAUCCGGCCAAGUGGAGGACAUGCCCCUGGCAUCUUCACCACCGCUCGCCAGCUCUCCUCCGGCAGAGAGCCCUUCGCAUAACAGAAGCUCGAGCCUGAACACAUUAGCAGGCAUGCUGCACCCGAACCCACAUUCGACCUCUCAAGAUCGGUCAAGUUCCGCAACGCCUGAACUCUCCCCGGACUCAGGGACGCCGACUCGGUCGCGAUCGAGAGAGCGAGACGCCAGUGCCUCACCCAGAGUAUCUUCCGAGCAGCAGUCCAGCCCUCGUGAAGACCCAAAACCGCUCCCAUCGUUGCCUAAACAGUCAACACAACUGAAGCCGCAUGUCCUUUCCCCCACUCCCUCGGAAUUCUUACUCGUCAGAGGAACGGAUACGACAGAGCCGGGUGUCGGGAUGUUCGUCAACAUGGAUGGCGACGUAGACCGCGGCACGAUUACGUUUCACCGGUAUCCAGAGUCACUCGUCAUCGACAAGGGUGACGAAAACAACCUAAUCCAGGCCCCUGAUGACACCAGCGACGAGCUCAUCCUCGCCGUGAUAGAAUCGAGCGAAGACGGAAACCGGCGCAAGCGCAUCGAAGUGCAACCGUGGGACGCCGACCCAGCGGAGGCCGAGGGCCAAAAAAGCUGGGUAGAUAUACCCUCCCAGGACGAGCAAGUUCCGCAUGUUGGCCUUGCUCAUACAAACAGUCCUAGUCAACUGGAGAUACGUGAAUUGGGCAAGGUGAUGCGGAUGGUUCGCUUGAAGACACCGUCAUUGUCCCCGCAUAUCCCGGUCAUCGACCCACGGACUCAGGCGUCCAUCGAACAGCUGCAGAAAGAAAAGGAACUUUUUGAACCACAAGAAUUGACACCUGAUGGGUCUAAGAAAGAAAGCUCCGGCGGUUGGGAGGCUGAACGAAAUGCAGAAGAGGCUAAAAUCGCGCGCGAUCUGGGCAACGCUCGAAGCAGCCUGAUUAUGUGGUCAGGAAACACUAUCUGGCGGGUUGUGAGAAACCCAUUGACUACGCAGCUCGAUAACGCGCUGGGCAACGCUCAAAUUCCCGGGGACAGGGAGCACAAGGUCUUGGAUCGCGACGUGAUCAUGGACAUCAUUGAUUUGGUUCAAGAGGCAGAGCCGAAAUCGGAGGCGGAAUUUCUAGGUCUGAAUUAUAUCAAGCAAAAGUCGAGCCUACUCCUUUUCGGCGACCUCGUCUUCAUGGACCCGCACCGACAUGAAACUGCCACGAUUAAAACCACGGAGAAGGCUCUUACGGAUGGAAAUCUGGAUCCCCGUAUAGCUUUGUUACUGGUGCCCCUCCUUCGCUGCGAGGUACUCCAGGGCCCUCAGGGUAUCUGGAUCCACGCCGGGCUUGCAGAUAUCGUGGAAACCUACAUCCAACGGGAGGAAAAGGACACAUCCGCCAAGGAUGCCACCUCUGACCCCGGCAUUUUGAAUAUGGUGAAGCGCUUUUUGGUUUCAUGGCAACAGAAACGGGGAUACGGAAGCAUCACAGACGAGACGUAUGUUUUCGACAGUGUUGACGGGGCUCUUCUGCACCUUCUUCUUGAGCAAGACUCGAAGUUCUCACCAGAACAACGCUCAGCUUCGCCGAUACGAGCCGAGCUGAACCGGCUCGUCGACAAUUGGAAAGGAAAUUUCGACCGGGCCGUGGCGCUGUUGGAGAACUACAAGCGGCUGUUCAUCCUGAGUCGUUUGUAUCAAAGCCAGAAGAUGUCCGGAAAUGUGCUCAAGACGUGGCGGCGGAUCAUCGAAGGCGAGGAGGAUAUCGGUGGUGAGGUGUCUCCAGCCGGAGUCGAGAUACAGAUGCGCCGGUACCUGGUCAAGAUCAAGGAUGCGCAGCUUGUGGAAGAGUACGGAUCCUGGCUAGCUCAGCGAAAUCCAAGUCUUGGAAUCCAAGUCUUCGCAGACCAUACCAGCCGAGUGAAGCUGGAGCCUGGGGAUGUUGUUCCCCUGCUCAAGGAGCGGGCUCCAAAUGCGGUCCAGGAGUAUCUUGAGCACCUCGUCUUUUCGAAAAAUUUAACCCAAUAUGCCGACGACCUCUUGUCAUACUACCUGGACACCGUGCUUUCCGUCCUCGAGUCCUCGCCGUCGGCGCGAGAAUCCCUCUCGGAAUCUUACUCUACCUAUCGCGCCCUCCAAGCGCCCAAGCCAACCUACAUCAACUUCAUCAUGGAGAACACCCCCUCCGAACCGUGGUGGCAAUCCCGUCUCCGGCUCCUCCAGCUCCUCGGCGGUGGCAGCAGCAGCAGCACUAGCCAAUUCUCCUCCAUGCCCACCUCGACCCUCACAUACUCCAUUCCCGCCGUUCUCGCGCGGAUGGAGCCCUUCCAGAACGAGCUCGUCUCCGAGUCGAUCAUUCUCGACGGCCUGCAGGGCCGUCAUCGCGAAGCGUUGCGUCUUCUCACCCACGGCCUAGGGGACUACGACUCGGCCGUACGGUACUGCCUCUUCGGCGGGCCCCGCAGCACCAGUGCCACGGGUGCGCUGGUCGAGUUCGCCGAGCGCGAGCUCCAAACAGAGCUAUUCGGAUACCUCCUAGACGAGUUCCUGCGCAUCGAGGAUAUUUCGGAACGACUUGAGCGCACCAGCGACCUCCUCGCCCGGUUCGCCGCGUGGUUCGACGUCGGUGAAGUCCUUCGCGUCGUCCCGGACGACUGGAGCGUCGACAUCCUCAGCGGUUUCCUGGCGCAGGUCUUCCGGGUGCUGGUCUCGCAGUCCCGCGAGACGCGCAUCGAACGGGCUCUCAGCGCGGGGCUGAACCUGCGUGUCGGCACGGAAUACAUCGAGGGCGUGGAAAAGGUCGGCGGCUGGGUCGAGGAGGGGGAUGGUGUGCGUCGAUUGAAGGGGGGAGGUUCAGGUCAGAGUCAGGGUCAUGGUCAACUCGGUCAGCCCGAGGAGGGGAGUGAAUUCGGGGAUAUGGUUGGAGCGGGAGAUCCACGUUGAGUAUCUGAUUGAAGUUGACAUGACUACCUAAUAUGACCGGAGUAUGUAGGAUACUCGUAUAUAGCAAUGAAUACAUGAACUGGGU